CGACAGGACUUAAAACAUCAUCAUGGGAAGGAUCGUGUUCUACGAGGAGAGGAACUUCCAGGGCCGCUCCUAUGAGUGCAUGAGCGACUGCUCUGACAUGUCCUCCUACCUCAGUCGCUGCAAUUCCAUCAGGGUGGAGAGCGGCUGCUUCAUGAUCUACGACCGUCCCAACUUCAUGGGCAACCAGUUCUUCAUGAGGAGGGGCGAGUAUCCCGACAAUCAGAGGCUGAUGGGUAUGGGAAUGAUGAGUGACUUCAUCCGCUCCUGCCGAAUGAUUCCCCAACAUAGAGGACAGUUCAGAAUGAGAAUCUACGAGAGGGAGAACUUCGGUGGUCAGAUGUCUGAGCUGAUGGAGGAUUGUGACUCCAUCAUGGACCGCUUCCGCAUGUCUGACUGCCAGUCCUGCAAUGUUAUGGAUGGCCACUGGCUCAUGUAUGAGCAGCCCCACUUCAGAGGCAGAAUGAUGUACAUGAUGCCUGGAGAGCACAGAAGCUUCAGGGACAUGGGCUCUAGCAUGAGAAUCAGCUCCAUCAGACGUAUCAUGGAUUCUUGUUAA